UCAACCCUCCCGGUUAGUAAAUUUACCUCAACAUCCCCCGGAGAAGGCAGAGUAACGACACCAGCCUUUUAGCGGGGCUGACAGACUGACUACAACGCUCGCGUCGCUAAAUUAAUUUCGUUAUUAAAAAUGACACACUGCUCGCGCCAUUAACUAACGUCUGGAAGUCCGUUCUAUUUGUGAAACUCUUCUUCUGUUUCCCCAUCUGAGCUCAGAGUAGAUGAGAGAUGUAAUGUUUGUCUCUGUUGUGUUGAAGACCAAUCAAGCAGGAGAGACCAGCCUCCCCUGUACCCAGCUGUGUGUCCAUGAAGAGUGAGAAGUCUAUGAAUCAUCCUAUAGAGUUUAGAGAGGGAGACUUUUCUACUGAACAAAGAAACCAACAGGAGAGAUCAGAGUCAGAGAUUCUCAGUGGUCAGUCUUCCCAGAGUCAUCAAACAGACCUGGACUCCAUAUUCAGUUUGCUUGAACAGAAUAUUAUGACAUUUGUGAAGAACGAGCUGAAGAUGUUCAAGAGGAUUCUUAGUCCAGAACUCCCAGAAGGCUUUGAGAGUCAGAAGCAGGAUAAGGAAGUGGUGGAUGCUGAAGAUGAGAAGCAGGAGAGCAGUGCCAGAGAGGGGGCUCUGAAGAUCACACUGCACAUCCUGAGGAAAAUGAACCAGAAGGAGCUUGCUGACACACUGGAGAAAUGUAAUGAUCUCUCAAUGAUAUUGAAUGAACACU